AUUACAUGUUCCGGUACCUGGUACCGGUACAGACCGACUCAAGUCUUUGACAGCCUGAUGGCUUAUUGGAACUCUACAGGACGUUGGAAGCCUCCAUACCGGUAUGGCAACAUCAUUAGCAAGAUACCGGUAAUAGUACUCAAGCUGCUACCAUGGCAAUGAUCCUGUUACAAUGCUUUCUUCUUGUGUUUAUACUUUCCAGUUGCGGCGUGGAAGCCAUUAGACCGUUAUGCCAUGGCCUUCAUGGUGAGACCAGGAGCUCCAUCCUCUUUGCCCUGAGGUGUGGAUCUGAUGGCAGUUCCCAGCACGAGGUUGUCAAGGAAGAUGUGCUCUACAGUCGAUGGAGAACUCUGACAAGUCGCAUCGUUCGCUUUCCAAACGGAAAUGAAGUAGAUUUUGAUAUUGUUGGGCAAUCUGGAUCGAAUCGGGCAGUUCUAAUUUUUGCAUGGGACACAAAAACCAAAACGGCUACAUUAGUGCAGGAAUACAUGCCUGGACCGCAUGCUUUGAAAGCGGGGGUAGCCGCGGGAAUGGUAGAGACCAAACAUGAAGAAGAAGGGGUUGAUCCAAUACUCAAUGCUGCCAAGUUUGAGCUCGAAGAGGAGUGUCACCUUGUGGGGGGAACCUGGAUACGGCUGACUGAUGAUACAAACAUGGAUAAAUAUUCGACCACAGUGGUGCAAGCUUUUCUAGUGCUCGAUCCUGACCCUGCAGUCAACCCAAAACCUUUAGAUGAUGAAGAGGACAUUACCAUCAUUCCAAACAUAACUGUACCCGAAAUCUAUGAGAUGAUUGCGAAAGGCGAGAUGAAUAUAGUUGGCGGCUGGACAUCCAUGGUUGCAAUCCAGAAGCUGCGAGAGCUUGGAGAGAUAUGAAGAGCCUUCAAGUCGUGUCUAUCUCAUGUAUCGGUUCAUUCCGUCGGGGUUUGCUAUAGCAACAGUUACUUAUGAUG